GAUAAGUGCAAGUGUUGUUUGAUAAAGUUUAUUAUGACUGCGAUAAGUGAUUGUGGGUUAAGACUUUCUCGGAUAACUUUACUACAUCUAUUUAUUAUGAUUGUUAUUGUUUAACAACUUCGAAUCCCCGAGACAACUUUGUUCAAGAGGCCUGCACCAGACAUAUCGAUUAGUACUAAUUCAGUCGGCAGACGGCGCCAUGCAGUGGCAGACGUGUGUGUUACUGUUGUGUGCGACGGCCAUAUUGGCGGACGACGAAUGGCGGGAAGUGAAAACUGCGCAAGGGCCUGUGCGCGGGCGCAAGCACCCGACGGAGGAUAUAUACGCAUUUUACAAUAUACCUUACGCCACGGCACCUGUCGGAGUUGACAGAUACAAGGCUCCUCUACCCCCUCCAGUAUGGUUGGAACCCUACAAUGCUGUUAACGAAAACAUCAUAUGUCCACAAGUCAAUCUGCCGAUGUAUGAAACAAUCACAAGCAGUUUGGUGCAGACAGAAAAUUGCCUUAUUGCUAAUGUAUAUGUACCAAACACCAAUAAAAAGAAUCUGUCGGUCGCAGUAGAUGUUCACGGAGGAGGUUUCGUUAUUGGCUGGGGAGAAAUGUUGAAAUACACUCAGCUAAUGAAGACAAAGGAUAUAAUCGUCGUUAAUUUUAACUAUCGGGUGGGAGUACAUGGCUUCCUGUGUCUUGGUACUGAAGACGCACCAGGUAAUGCUGGAAUGAAGGACCAAGUAGCAUUGUUGCGUUGGGUACAGAAGAACAUAGCCAGCUUUGGUGGUAAUCCAGAUGACGUCACAAUUUUAGGAUUCAGUGCAGGAUCGGCAGCAGUUGACCUGUUAAUGCUAUCCAAGUCAACCGAAGGAUUGUUUCACAAAGUUGUGCCAGAAAGUGGUGGAAGCCUUACCGCAUUUUCAGUUCAAAGUGACCCUAUAGAAAUUGCCAAAACAUAUGCCAAAAUACUGAAUUUCACUAACGUAGACGAUAUAACUGCUCUAACAGAGUUCUACACAACGAGUUCACUGGAAUUAUUGACUGCUACAACUGCUGUUUUUGGUAGACCCGAAUCUACUUUUAUAUUUUCCCCGUGCGUGGAACGCGAUAUUGGUGAAGAAACGUUCUUGACGGAAUCUCCUCGGAAAAUACUGACGGAUGGAAACUACAAGAAGCUACCUGUCCUUUAUGGUUUUGCUGAGAUGGAAGGAUUGAUGAAUAUUCCAUAUUUUGAGGAUUGGAAAAACAAAAUGAACGAAAAGUUUUCUGAUUUCUUACCUGCUAACUUAAAAUUUAAAUCUGAGGAAGAGAGAGAAGAAGUAGCCAAUAAGAUUAAACAAUUUUACUUUGGAGAAAAGCCGGUUGGCGACGAGACAGUCUUGGGAUACGUUAAUUACUUCUCCGAUGUUAUAUUUGCUCAUUCAAUGCUCUGGGCUACCAAGUUACAAGUGGAGGCCGGCAAUAAUGAAAUAUAUUUGUACGAAUACUCCUUCGUAGAUGAAGACACUCCAAUGGUGCCAUAUACUAAUAUUCGAGGUGCUAACCAUUGUGAACAAUCCAUAGCUUUAGCUGACGGUAAAAAUGCUACACACCCGGAUGAAUCGCUAGCUACUCCAGAAUUAAUGAAAAUGAAGACGAUAUUGCGAGAAAUAUGGCACAAUUUUAUAACAACUGGAAAACCUGUGCCUGAAGGUUCGGCGCUGCCUGCGUGGCCCGCUGCCGGCGCUGACAGGUCUCCGCACAUGUCGCUGGGGCAGAAGAUAGAGCUGCGCGGAGUACUGCUGGAAGAACGCACACGCUUCUGGGAUGACAUCUACCAGAGAUACUACAGGGAGCCUGUACCACCACCAACACCGCCACCCAAACCACGCUCUGAAUUGUAAUAUAAGACUGCGUCAUCAUAUUAAAAUAUUUGUAUAGAUAGAACUACUACAAGAAGACACAAAAACGUAUAAACAAGUGAGGAUGGACAUAAAAAAGUCGGAGGUUUUGAGUUGAACCAAUGGUCUAUCUCAAUGGUCGGAAGCAUGUUUAGACUUGUCG